AUGACUGACUCUGGUGGGUACAGCAGCAGCUCAGCGCCACCUUCGCUGGAUGCGCUCUUCAAGGGCAAAGCCAAGAAGAAGGUGAAGCCGGUCAACUUCAACACAACCUUCAAGGCUGCCGCCGUGGCCAAGGGCCCUGCGAUGACGCUGAGGCCUCCAGGUGGCAGUGCCUUCACUGCGCCCACCUCCAGCACUGAGGGCUGGGCACGGGAGUUGAAGAAGGACCAGGACCUCUUGAAGAGCUGCGGCCUUUGGGUCAAGGAGGUUGAGGGUGACGGCGCUUGCCUUUUCCGAGCGUUUGCUGACCAGCUAGCAACAGACGAGUCGGACGCGCAUGCGCAGAUGAGAGAACGCUGCGUGGACUUCAUGGUUGAGCACAGGGACGACUUUGAACCAUUCAUUGACGAUGACUUCGAGUCUUAUUGCAGCCGGAUGCGCCAAAAGUCUACCUGGGGAGGCCACGUGGAGGUGCAGGCAUUGGCUCGUCUCAAUGGCGUGAACGCAGUCAUUUAUCAGCCAUCCCAGGCUUCUGGAAGAGCUGAUCAGAUCCUGCGCUCUGCUGUGGAGAUUCAGGCAUCCAAUGAGGAUGCCCGAUGCGUGCAGUUGUCCUUUCAUCCCACCCACCAUGCAGGGCAGCACUACAAUUCUGUCAGGUGCUGCACAGACGAUGGAUCAGGGCCAGCGGAACUGGUCAGCUUUGGAGAAAUCAAGAGAAGAGUAGAGGAGACGUUGAGGCCCAAGGAAGGUGACGAACAAGAGACCUGGAUCCUGUAUUCCGCACGCUUCGGCAGCUCUCCUGCUUGGUACUUCACUAGCGGCCUGCCAGAGGCGGGCGCCAUGCGCUCCUUCUGCCGCUCUGCCACAGUAGCCCCCGAGCCGCAGCUGGCGCAGUGGGACUCCAACUUGCAGCUGUGCCUGGAGGAGAGCCCAGAGGUGCCGAGCAAGCUGUCGGAGCCACAGGCGAUAGCGAGCUUGCUACAGAAUGCUCCAGCAAUGGAGGGGCUGAAGUUGCUGCACGACAGGGUCAAUGGCGCGCUGCUUGAGAAGGUGACUGCAUCCUUUGCAGCAGGCGAUGCAAGUGCCAGGGAGCUCCUGGAGAAGGUCCGGCAUGCGCAUGCGGAGGGGUCCACGGAGCUGAUCCUGCUGCAAGAGCCAGGCGACAGUGUGGAGGUUGGGCCUGGCACCAUGUCACUGCUGUGCGACGUGGUGAGGCUGCAUGAGCCUGACAACGCAGGCCCUCCAGUUUACAGCUGGCACAAAGACGGCCAAGCGCUGCCUCGCGCAUCGAAGCCGCGGCUGGUGCUCAGCGGCGCUGUCCACGAUGUCGAAGGUAUCUACACCUGUGACGUCGCUUCAGGCUCUGACAGCGUCAGCACGCGGCCCUGCCGGCUGCGCCUCUCUGCGACGGCGCUGGCUCAGCGGGAGCAGCAGGCGGCCCAGCGGCGCCGCUUCGAGUCGCCCAUGCGCCGGGCAGCUGGAGCCGUGCAGCUGGGAGAGCUCGACCGCGCCAUCCAACUGCUUUCGGAGGCCAUCAAGGCGGCUGCAGAAAAUGAGGCUGUACGGGCUGAAGCGUUUUGCCAGCGAGCAGAGCUGCACGUGCAGAAGGGCCAGUGGCAGGACGCCUUCCUUGAUGCGGUGGAAUCCCUGAGGCUGAUACCUAGCUUGGCCCGGGCCCACGCUGCACGAGGUGCUGCAGCUGAAGAGCUCGGCUUUCUGGCAGAGGCGGCGAGCUCCUGGGAGGCCGCUGAGUUGCUGGGCGCCGUGCCUGGCGCGGCAGCGCGCGCCGAGGCUUGCAGGGAGAAGUUGCACAAGUUUUUCCUGGAGCAGCAGGCCAAGCGCGGCACAGGUGCUGGACAAGGGGCCGAUCCGGAAGAUGGCUGGCGGCGCAAUGGCUGGCAAGGAAGAUAUGCAGGUGGGUCAGCUGGCAGCUUCUUCGGUCAGGGCUCCAGCGCCAGCCCAGGCUUGAGCAAGGCUUUGGAGCAGCACCUGAAGGUGCUCGGCCUUCCUGCGGAGCUGCCCAGCGCAGAGGUGGUGCGCAGCGCCUACCGCAAGCUGGCUCUCACCGUGCACCCUGACAAGCCAGGCGGCUCCAAGACAAAGUUUCAGGAGCUGCAAAAUGCAUACGAGGCAGUCCUGAAGGCAGUCUCCAGCUGCUGA